GGGCGGCAGCAUGGGGGUGUGCAGCGGCAGCGGCGAGGACAGCGACAGCGACGAGACCAUCGUGGAGGGCUCCGUGGCGGAGAGUGAUGUAGAGGAAGAAGAGUUCCGCUGGAGGAGGGGGUUGCCUUUUCUUGGUGAGGAUGUGGAUUUAACAACAGAAACAAGAAUUCAUAAAGGAAUUGCUUCUCCAGAAAUCUGUUUUAUACCGAAAUUUUCUGAUCACACAUAUAGUCAGAAGCAACAACAGAUAAAUCCAAUACUUCAAGAGGCAUACACAUCUGACCAGUCUCAGUCUCUCCUGCAGUGUUGGAUAAAGUGUCCAUCACUUACUGAAAAUAUUUCUAAGUCUGGUUCUUCACUGAAUGCUGCAGUAGAGGGACACCAAAAUAAUUCUGUAGGACAAGAAGCCUUUGGGAGGAAUUCUGUCAAUCCUGUUUGCCCCAUUUCGCUUUCAGUCAUCCAUAGGAGGAAUCUGUAUGGUGAAACCUUACUGCAUAGGGCUGUUUUUCAUCAAGAUGUAGACCUUGUAUGUAACAUAAUAAAAGCCGGUGGAAAUGUAAAUAUUCGGGAUUAUGCUGGCUGGUCUGCUCUACAUACAGCAAGUCUGGAAGGCUCUUACAGGAUUGCAAAUGAGCUUUUGAAAGCAGGAGCUGAUGUUGAUGCUAAAGGGUAUGAACAAGUAACACCAUUGCAAGAUGCAGCUAAGGAAGGCCAUUAUGAGAUGGCAGAGUUACUACUUUUCUAUGGAGCUGAUCCUUUAUUAAAAAAUGAGAUGGGAAGGUGUGCAUUGGAAGAAGCUUCUGACCCAGCUAUGAGGAAACUGCUUAAAAGCUAUGUAGCAAAAUACAGAAUAAAUUCAGUAACAGGUGGAGAUGAUUCAAAGAAUAUGUUAAAUGCUCAAAGUGUAGAGGAUACAAACCUGCAUCAGAUUUCCUUACAGACAGAUGAGUCAGAACCAGCGUGUGCAAAUCUUCUGCAUUCAGACAGCACAGACAUAUUGCAACAGACUAUUGUGAAUGAGGUGCAAAACAUUUAUACUGAUAUAUCUGGAGAUGGAACCAGCUGCACUGAACAGGCAGUUCAAGCAAAUGCAGAAACACUGUUAGUGCAAGAGCGUUUAGCUGCUAUUCAUGGAGAAAGUGUUUUUGGAACUCCUUAUAAUUCUACCAGUAGUGUAUUAAACAAUGCAGAACAGAAGGCUUCACAGCCAGAGGAAGGAGGGAGGAUCCUGUUUAAUGCAGAAGAAAGUGUUGAAGAGUGUCGCAUUGAAACUGAAAAUGUUAGUAGUUUAGAGAUUGAGCCUAUAGAUUUACAACUCUGUGAAAAGGACACACUUCAGAUUAUUCAAAAGAGAAAGGAUCCUCAUGAAACCAGUUUAACAGCAGAUUUGCAUUUUGGUGUUAAUGCAGAUAGCAGGUCUCCUUUCUCAUUUCAGAUUGUGGAAAACAUGCAGAAAGAAACCUUCCAGAAAACAGAUGAAGGAGUGUUUGCUCUAGUAAGUCGGACAAAAGGCUCUGAAAACAAUGGAGACAAAGUAAAUGCAAAGAUCAAUGUGCUUUCAGAGUUAACUGAAACAGAAGUCCAAAGUAAAAGAAUAAGAUUAGACCCUCAGGAGACAAACCGAAAAGCAGCCUCAUAUUCCAGCAGCAGCAAAACGAACCUUUCAUCUAGGCAAUCGCAAUUCAGUCAAGCAUCAGGACAGCAGACAUUCAAGAAAUCAGGAGCUGGGAGAAAGACAACAAAAAAGAGAAAUACAAAAGGAGAAACUCAGCUGCAUAUUGCUGCUAGGAGAGGAAAUUUGUCUUUGGUGAAAACGCUAAUAUCAUCUGGAAUUUGUGUCAAUGAACAGGACAAUGCAGGUUGGACAGCAAUUCAUGAAGCUUCCAAUAGGGGAUUUACUGAAGUGAUCUUAGAAUUACUGAAAGCUGGUGCUAAUGUUAACAGCAGAAGUCUGGAUGGUAUUUUGCCAAUACAUGAUGCUGUUUCUGGCAAUUAUUUGGAGGCCACCAGGGUUCUACUACAGCAUGGAGCAAAUCCCUGUGAGAGGAGUAAUUCAGGGAAAAGUGCUUUGGAUGAGGCUCAUGAUGAUGAAAUGAGCGAACUGCUGAAGUCUUAUGGUGCUAUGGACUCUCUACCUCCUGUUGACACUAUUGAAGUUACAGGGACGAGAGAUCCUUCUAGAUCAAGAAGAUCAAAACAUCCUUGUUACAGCUACUGUGAAAAUGAUAAUGAAGAUUUGGAGCCACAAUGUGAGAAAUACAGUGUGGAGCCUGCUGCUGCCAUACAAGAUGCAGAAGAGAAGCAAAAAGAAUUGUUGCUGCUUGAACUGAGAACUUCCAAAGAUGCAGAUAUGUAUAUCCAAAGGCUGUCUCAGGUGCAAGAUACUUUGAAUGAAAUGCUUGCGAAACAGAAAACAGAAAGGGAUACUCUUGCUAAAAAGUACAGGGCUUCAGUAGAAUCUUUUAAAAAAGGAGCACUGAGAAAACAAUUAGUUAACCUUGCUUCUAGGCAAAAGAGUCUGUUGACUGUUGCCCAAAACCAGGAAAAAUUAGUCCAGAAAAUACAGAAUUACAGAAAAGCAAAGCAAGUGUUCAGUGCAUCAUGUUCAGAGAAGCAGAUCUCAAACUCAAUUAUUUCCUGUGGAGAUGAUGAAAGACAAAGUUUAACUGCGGAUGAAAUUGUGUGUCCUGAUGUAGUUACAUUUAGUAUGGGGCUUGGUGCCAGCAUGCCUAAUGGAAACAGAGUAGAAGCACAUCUCCCUUUAGAAAAUGAAUUUCCAGCUCAGGACUGCAGCCAGCAUCCACACAUCUGCUUGGAUGAGACAGGAGCAAAUAAAGAAGCAAUUAGAAGCAAAGAGGCUUUUGAUCAUGCUUUGGCAUCCGAAAGCAGGGUGAGAGAAUAUCCCUUCGACAACAUGUCAAAGCUGACAAAUGCUGUAGAAGUGGUGACAUUGCCUUCAGAACCUGCUGUUUCCACUAAUAAAACAAAGUGCUCACAGCAAAAAGACAUUGAUUGUAUAGCAAUUGCAGAACAAGGAAACAAGUCUUUAAAUCCCACUUCAAUGACAAAUGUAUUAAAUAUUGUAGAACCCCGAAGCACUGUUGUCAAUAACAAUGUCUGUCAGCCAGACAGUGACUGCCAGCAGGUUCUUACACGUGAGGGUCUACAGAUAUACAUAAAUGAGAAAGAAGAUUUCCAGCAGCAGCAGCAACAGCGAAUAAUUUUGUCAAAAUCUGCAAACAACUUCCCUAAUACUUUGCAGCAAAUGAUCUUCCAGUAUGGUGAGAAUUCGUUUAAUGCCAACUUGGUACUUUCAAGUCAUACCUCAAAUACAGAUUAUCCACUAAAUCUCAGUGAGAAAUCUUCCCAGAGCUACAGUAAUCAAGCAUGUGAACAAAUCCAAGUGAGGUGUGGAAGAAGAAAUAAGAAAAAGCUUCAGUUGAUAGAUCUACUGGAAUUGGGAAAGAUUAAGCCAGGAGAAAAUGUUUUAGAAUUCAAACUGCAGGAAUUUAGUCGUAAAGCCACGCUCUUAAACAGUGGCAAGAUCAGAACCAGUAAGAGACAAAUAAUGCAGAAUCCAGUUCAUUGGGUUAAAGACCUACUAGGAAAUGAUAUUUAUGUGACAUGGAAGUAUGCAUGGAAUAAGGUUACAUAUCUUGGGACACAGUUGUCAAAAUUUCUUGAUGAAGGAGUAUCAGUUUCUAAAGACCCAGAAUUACCAUCACAAGAAAGAAUGCUUUUGGGAAAGAAUUUUAUCAUGAGGAACCCCACCAACCACAACAAGCGCCAUCAGAGUCCUGGUACUAUCUCCAUUGCUCAGCCUCUUGGAACCUCUGACCUAAGCAAUAUGCAGCCAAAACGCCCAUCUUUACCACAAACAGAAGUUGCGAAAACAUGCACUGAAAGAGAAGCAGCUGUUACCAGGAAAUUUAAGAGCUCUUCUGUCCAGUUCAACUCAGUGGAAAGUCUGGCACAUUUUCUUCAAUUCCAUGACAUAGUAAUGGUACCUAAAGAGGAGUUUCUACCAUGCACUGCAAUGGAAAAGUACUGGAAUUUCUACAAAGGAUGUAAAGAUUUUGGAUUCUGAAGACUUCUUGAGUGCUAACAUUUUUUAUCUUCAUCGUCAGUUAAAAGUAAACAUUUGAGGUUUUAAAACUAAAAGUGCUUUGUUAUCGUCAUGUUGAUAAAUAAUUUGCCCAGCACUUGGAAUUAAUUGAAAGAUUGUUUGGGUAAAUGAGGAACAGGGGAGUACUUUGUAGCGGGCGAGGAUAACUCUCAAUAUUGAAUUUUGUUCUGUAAGAUUAAGAAAUGGGGAAGUAGACGAGGACUGUUACACAGUGGUGCUCAUUGUGAAUUAUAUUACAGGUUGAUAUCUUUGUAUGAAACUCCACUGAUUUCAGGGGCUGCCCAUGCUCGAUGGGGCUGCACAGAACCAGAUGAGUAUCAGCACUGAUAGUCACUUCCUACACCUUAACUUCGAACCCCUCUGCUUGUGCAUGUGCUGUCAGAAAUGGCUGCACAUGAUUGUGUAAUAGCAUAAGCUGUUAGGUAAAAAAUCAAGAUGGGCAGCUUUGAAAAUCACCAGCAGCUUUGCUUUAAGUGGUGUGGAUGCAUACAAACGUUUGAGAAGGGGGUUGGUGCUGGGAGAGGUUAAAAGAGGAGUCCUAGCCAUUAGAAAUGGUCAGGGAAAUUCCAUUCAUGUUCCAGCCAAGUCUUUCUGGUAGAAAAUGUGCUGGCAUAUGGCAGGAAAUAUAGUCAGCCUGUUUGCGAAACACAGUUGUUUCCAUCUAACAAUAUCUUAGCUACUCACCCGGAUCUCUGGAGGAUUUCUAGUUGCUUUAAUUUUACAAUGUGUGACUCUGCCUCAGUAGCGUAUUUAUAACACAUCUGACAGUCAUGAGAGAUAUCUGCAUUCAAAUGGCAUUCUUGCUCUUUCAUUCUCUGGAUUAUAAGAAGAGAUGAAAUAAUAGCACCUGCUACUCCUAACUCCAGUGUAUGGGUUGAGAAGUAUCUCCUGUCACUACAUAACCAUCUGAGCUUGCUAGCUGGAGUGUGAGGAGCUGUUCAGGGGAGAUUUGAUUAGUGCCUUAAACAGAAGGUCUUCUACGGAAGGGAGAAGGGUCUGAUGUACAGAAAGCUAAUACUGUGCCCUGGGAUGCAUAAGCAAUCAUAGCUUGAUGGGCUGCAAGGAUAAAGAAAUGCAGAAUGCCUGGAAGUCAAAAAAAAAGUUAAAGGCUACUGAGUGACAGGUAUUUCAUAAAGGUCACUUUGCACACAAAGAAAAUUGAGCGGUCUCACAGCUGCAGCAGCAAAACAAACUUAAAGGCAUACUGGUUGAAGGAAAUGUUAAUUCAAAUACUACACUUCCACUUUCACCAAAAAGUGAAAGACUUUUGACUGUUAAUUACUGAAUUACUUUUUUGUUUGAUGUGUUUUCUUUGUUACAAGGUGUCUAAUAAAAUUAAUGUAUAAAAACUGG